CUGCUGCCCUGCUAGUAGGUAGCCCUGCCACUGCCUGCUGCCCGUGCUCUCUCCUCCGGCGGCGAUACCUCCUCUGCCUCCUCCGAGUGGCUUCGAUCGGAGAAGCAACGUUGUCGACGCCGCGGAAAAAAGCGAGCAGCGGAGCCAGCGGGGUUGUUACAUCGACGUCGACCACCAACCAGUGCGCGCGAUGCGUUCGGUGACCGUCGCGGGCCGCCGGCGUCCGCGGGCGUCGCAGCACGCGUUCGGCGAGCCAAGCGGCCGCGAGCCCGGCGCGGGCUAACUCCUUCAACGGCGGUGAGCUCUUUCCGAUGGUCCGCGAGAGACGACGACGCGACGACGUAAAGUCCACGAGGCUGUUGAGCCACUAUGGGCAAGCUGAAAGCGUUCGACAUCGUGCUGGACGGAUACCGCAGCGUGUACCACCCCGGACAGGCGGUGCGCGGCAAGUGCGUGCUCGAACUCAAGGGUGACAUGCGGCUGAAGGCGGUGCGCGUGUUCAUGCGCGGACUAGCCAAGGUGCAUUGGACCGAGUCGCGUAGCACUGGCAAUCGGCUGGGUGCCUACACAGAGCACUACAACGCCGAGAUGGAGUACUUCUUCCAGGGGCAGACACUUUUUGGCUCCGAGUCGGGAGACGGCAGGGACGUACUUACCGAGGGCCACCACGAAUUCAACUUCACUUUCCUUCUGCCAUCAACCGGCGUGACCACCUCGUUCGAAGGCAAGUACGGCAGCGUACGCUACUGGCUCAAGGCUGAGGUGGAGAAGCCGUGGUCUUUCAACCACAAGACCAAGAAAGCCUUCACGGUCAUCAGUCCCAUCGACAUCAAUCGUAACGAAUACCUGACGGCAGUGGAGAGCAGUGUGGAGAAAACGUUGUGCUGCUGGUGCUGCACUUCAGGCCCUAUCUCACUGUAUGCCAGGACAGACCGCAAGGGGUACUGCCCUGGCGAGUCUAUUGCCAUCACGGCUGACUUUGAGAACCUGUCUGGCCGCACCGUGGUUCCACAUGCAACGCUGCAUCAGACACAGACUUUCCUGGCUGGUGGAAAGUCACGGUCACGGCACUGCAAGUUCACCACAGUCACUGGUGUGGCCCUGCAACCUGGUCGCUCGGCCAACUGGGAUGCCCAGCUGCUCAAGAUUCCAGCAGUGUCGCCCUCCAUCACCAACUGCUGCCUGAUUCACGUGGAGUACACCGUACGGAUCACCUUACAGAUUCCGGGGGCAUACAAUUUGUUUGUGGACCUCCCCAUUGUCAUCGGAACGGUGCCCCUGAGGUCCCGACCACCACACUAUCGUGCGCUGGGGAUGCCCAGCCAGCCACAGAUCCAUUUCUAUCCAGCUGCUCCUCCUUACUCAGAAGCAGACACGGAUGAUGCACUGCCUGUUGAACCUCCACCUACCUAUGCCGAGUGUAUAGAAGGCUCAGUGGACAUUGGUGAUGACGAAGAUGGAGAGAUACUUGGAGACACACGGUUUACACCAAUGUAUGCUUAUGUACAUGACUACCUGUACCACCCACCUCCAGCGUAUUCUGAGGUUGACCCCCACCCAUCUCGGCAAACAGGGGACGCAGCCUGUGCUUCCCACUGAGGGUUUAUCCAGUGCAAACAUGUUUCCAGUGUGGACUGCACAGGACACUUUUAUGAAGUGCCGUGCUUUUAUGACCAAGGUGCAGCAACGAGAGAGCAGUGGAGAGCACAGUGCCUCAAUUCAUCAGUGUUACAGCUACGUGUUCUUGUUUUGCGUCUACAUUGAUCGUCAUCGUCUUGUUUUGCCACUGCCCUCCGAGCUCAUGGGUCUUGACUGCGUGCAACACCAACGAAAUGUGCGAUGGACAUCGCCAAAGCUGCGCUCAGCCUCCAGCAAGGCGUCACACUUCUGCGGCACUGCCAGUGUUGCCAAGCACCAACAUGUCAAGUCGGACCUGAAGUGCAAUAGCACAUCCUCAGGCACGGACCCGGAGGAUGACAACUGUUUCUGGGCCUAUCGCAUAUAGCAUGAUGUCUAAAACUUUGUAGACAGUUAGCCGUGCUUUCACUGUGCCAACAGGGUGCUUGCAACAAACAUUUGCCAAGCUCUCUUGACAACCAGGGUUACUGCGCAGUGUGCCAAUCACGGAGCAUGCUUUCAUAGGGCAAGGCUGCUGCUCAUGAGACAGAAAUGCUACAAGUGUUGUGCUAUGUAGCUUGCACCUUUUGCAAUAAACAAGAGGUGCAUGACUUCUGUUUCCCUGGCCUGAAUUACCUGUAUUUCUCUUGUUGCCAAAGCCUGUUGACUUGUGUAUAGUGACAAAAAAAAAUAAAAAAUAAUAACUUCAGCAAGAAAGCUUUGGUACAGUGUAAACUUCACCUUAUGAAGCAUGCUUGGAUGUGGUAUAGUGGACCAGAUGGUUUUUUCCCACCAUUGUUCUCAUUGUACAUGAUCAAUAACUGCAUUGACAAUGAGUGAGUUUUGGCUUUGACGUUAAAUGAUAGUUUCUGCAAAUGUAGCUUCUUGGAGUGAAGCUAUCCAGUUCAAACUGUAUCAGUGGUCCUGGAACCACAUUUCGUAAAUGUUUUUUUUCUUCCGUUGCAUUGAGUGGCAAAUGCUGGCAAAAACUGUAUAAAAUGCAAGCUCAAAGGCAAGUGAAUGCACCAGGAAAAGAAUUGUUACAAUAUGCGGCCCCAGCAGUGGUGCUGGUAAUGCUAUCUUUAAAAUAUUGUCCACUAACCACAACUUUCUUAGCUACAAGACUUCAGGACAAUUACGUGUUGCAGUGUCUCUCAUGUCAUGAAUUAAUGUAUUUACUUGUGUAACUCCUGCCCUUGUGAGAGGUUUUCACCCCAACUUUGGAGUGCAAAAAUUGGGAAAAAAAGUUUCAUGAAGAGUCUCCAUGCGCAUACUCACUUGCUGGGUAAAUUGUGCAAGCUGUUACAAGAUGGCACUAGUCCAUUCUUAAAAUGGGGUGCCCCAUGUAGCACGGACAAAACGGGCAAAGUUAGAUAAAAUUACAACUUUCAUCAACAAUGCUUUGGUACGUAAACUAAAAAUAAAAAGUUUUUCUAUGUCUAUGACCUUCAAAGAUGUAUACAACCCUACUUAAAAAGAAAAAAAAAAAACUGCAGAACACUUUAAUUUGUGUACAGUUAAAAUACUGGUUAAAAUGUAGAAGACUCAUGCUCCUUAACAAAAUGCUACAUUUCAAUUCAACAUGUCUCGGUGUGCAUGUGUUUACCGUUCUCAUAACAUACGGAGGUUUACAAAGAAAUACAUCAAAAUCUUUCCACUUUCAAAACUUCCCCUGAUUAUUUUAUGGCAAUGAAAAUCUACAACACUUGUGAAGCAUCAAAAUAACAAUUAACACAACUUCUUGAAACAUCUUAAGUGACAUUAACUUAUCACAAUCGAAUUAGCAUGUUGGUGACACAGCAUCAGCAAAGAAAGAGGUUUCAACUAGCAAGAAAGUAUGUUUAUAUUUCAUUAGUGUUUAAACCAUGUUGCACACAGAUUUAAACCAACAUCUCUUUGAAAAACAAGGGCUGUAUUGCAAGGCAUCACUCAGGAGCAUGCUUGGUACCUUUACAUAUAUGGUCAACAUUCAUUCUACAUGCUCAUCAGAUAAGGUGUAUCUUUGGAAAUCGCACCCUGUAAUAGUGGUACCCAAAUGAACAGCACAUAAGCUUUGCACACAAUAUGUCGUUGCAAGAGUGUACAGUGUCUUCAUCCACCAGAACUUUUUUUUUUUGUCAUUGUGCAUGUUCUUGUCUCUUGUAAUGUCCCAAUUGGUUUCUGCCUGCUUGGUCACAUUUUUGCCAAGUCCCAAGGUUCUGUGAACUACGCUACACCCAGGUUUACCAUCUUGCUAAAAUUGGUGACAUUAUAACAGAAGUGAAACAAGGUAUGCCACAGCUGUGUGAGUAGACAUUGUAGCUGCAUGCAUGUUGGUUCUCUGCUAAAGUGUCCCGACUGAGCCAGCUAAUAAAUAAACAUUGUCACUUUCAAAA